AUGGGCAAGAGAAAGUCAUGCGAUCUCUGCACGCUGAAGAAAAUCAAAUGUGACGGCCUGGCCCCGAGCUGCUCUCGCUGCAUCGACUAUGGCACGCGGUGUUCCUGGACGCCGGGUAUCCACAGGCGAGUUCGUGGUCCGCCCAAGCCGAAGCAGGGUGACGGCACCCAUCAUUCAAGCUCAAAACCGCUCGUGCAGCUCGAGACUCGGCUUGCCCAGCUCGAAGAAGAGGUCAAGAGACUUCGGGCAGCUACUGCUGCCGCACCAGCCGGGCCUGUCACGACUUCACCGUCCGUUUUCACAGAAUCCAUACCAGAACAAAUCUUGUCCUACCACCACUCUAUUGGCUUCGUCGAGAUGUCGCCCAGGACAAAGGCUCUACCUUUGCCACGACACGAGGACAUGCAGCCGGUAGUCGACAGCUACUUUGCCAACUUCAACGCUUGCUAUCCGCUCUUUGAUUACGCGACCUUUGCUGCAAUGCUUGAGGACUACUGCGGCAAACACGGCGACUGUCGAGAUGAAGUCACAUGGGCAGCCAUCAGCAUAGUCCUUGCCUUAGGCCUGCAGAGCUGCUCCGCAGAGAAGAACUGCUUCGAGGCCAGGGGCGAUGAGGAAGUGCACUUGCGCAACGUGCAGUCGGUACUGCCGCGUCUCCUCAUGCGGACUGAAGACCUCAGAGGCCUUCAGGUGCUGCUUGGGCUGAGUUUCUACGUCCAGCGGUCGCCCGAAUCACUCCAGGCUCAGUUCCUGGUUGCUUCAGCAGUCAAGCUCGCAUAUAGGCUUGGCCUGCAUACCACGCAGGACGACUUGCCAUGGGGGCGGCCCCAUGCUUCUGUGGAGAGGCAAAGACUCUUGUGGCUUGUGUACAUUCUCGAUCGAGACGUCAGCAUGUCUGUCAAGGAUCCAUACAUGCUGCAGGAUCACGACCUGGACAUGGACAUCCCCCGGCCGUUCGACUCGGUUGACGUCGUUCCUGCGCUGCGCGGAGACAAGGACGCCUUUUUCCAUUGCAGGAUCGGCCUCGCCCACAUCCAGGGCAAAAUCUACGACUACAUUUUCUCAGCUCGCGCGACCAGGUCUCCUCCCGAACAAAGAUCAGCUGGGCUCCAGACCAUUUGGGACAUGCUCGGUCAGUGGUCCGCAGCACUUCCCGGUGAGUUCUGCUUCGAAACUCUGCACCAUACUCCGACAGCGCCGUCUCUGCUGCUCUUCUUCACGUACUUCCGCAUCAUGUGCAAGAUGCAGCAGGUCCACUCCCACAACACCGACUGGAUGCGACACCUAAUCGAGUACAGCAGCCGGUGGUCGAUUGAGUUCGACCCGGCGGCCGAACCGGCAGCAUGCCCGCUCCCAUCUGCGCCUCACUGGAUCGAGGUCGUGCGCGGCGCGCGGCGCUGCAUGAACCUUUUCCACGAGAACCCCGGCUCAGUGGUCUGCUGGCUCGAGGAGGUGUGCUGCGAGUACAUAGCGGCGCUGGUCAUACUCGUCGCGCACAAGCUGACCGUCAUGGAGCACCACCACCUGGUGCACCGGGAAGCGACCUCUGACAAGGACCACGACCUCAUCGCCAAGGGGAUUGAGCAUCUGCAGCGCAUGCCCGAGGGGCGUGUUAUCCGCAGGUUUGAUCUGUACAAGAGCAUUGCGCGCGGGUGCCAGGAGCUCAACUCGCGGGCUGAUGCUGCUCAGACUGCGUUUGCCUACCUGCGCAACACUGCAUUUCUCGUGCCGUCUGAUGCUCAGAUGUUGCCGAUUGGGAACGCGAUUGAGUAA